GAUAGUAGCAUUUCUGGUGUUUUUAACUAAUUCUUUUAGUUUAAUUUUAAAAUUCAAUAAUUUGAUUUAUAUUUAAAUAUCUAGUUCAUAAGUUUGCACUACAUGAUAACACUUGCAAAAUUGGUUUUCAAUCCUCCACUUGACUGCUGAAAAUAGCAAAAACAAUCAUGAGUUACAUAAAAAGUGUACAAUUAGGAAAAUCGGAAGAUAUUACAGUAUUUCCAGAAGAUCGGUUACCGAUUUGUUGGCACGAUAAAACUAGAAUUAAUGCUCUCUUUGCACCAUUUCGUCCAAAAAAUGUAAACCCAGAAGAUUGGGAAUCUAAAUUGCAAUUUUGGUCGAGUUUAAUUAAGAAAUGGUGCGAUAUUAAAGGCUGUGCAAACUUUACAAUGGUUGAAUUGAAAAAGAUAUAUGUGGAAAAUAAAAGAAGUCCGGCUUGUUUGGAGACCGUUAUUCAAGAAAUGUACAAAUCUGGAGAAAUCACAAUGGCUUCGAUGUUUUAUGAAGCACCAACAGCAGAUUGGGGCAAUUGGGCAGUUAAUUCAGUCGCUAAAACACUGAGAUGGUCUUUUAACACAAUUAGAUCAUCUUUAUUUAACCCACCAAUUGAAGAAGAUACUAUUUAUAUCGUUUUAGAAAAUGCAAGGAAAAAUGGUGAUGAACUUCUAAGAAAGCUGAAAGCUUAUCGAAAUCCAAUCUUUAAUAAAGGAUUGAUAUCACUGCAAACAGCGCAGGAUUGUGGUAGGCAAAUGAAAUUAUCAGAAGAAGGAACAUUAAUAGCUUUGCAUCAACUUUAUGUAUUAAAAAAAAUUUAUAUAAAGACAAUAUCUGAUAAAAUUAAUUCUAAUUCAAAGUGUGACACCAUCAUCAAACUUCCAGAUGGUUCUGGAGUGUGUAGUGAUAUAACUCCUGUAGAUAUAGGUAUAUAUACAUUACAACAGAAUGAAAAAUAUUUAAUGGACUCGAUUAAUAAUUUGGAAGAACAAAAAGAAUUAUUAAGGCUUGAAGCGAAAAAGUAUUUAGAAACUAAGAAAAACAAUAUGGCAAAGAAUUGUUUGAAACGUAAACGCCAAUUAGAUGCUUCUAUUGAAAAAAGGAUGCAAACACUUGAUAAUAUACAAGGUUUAUUAACCAGAAUACAAGAUUCACAAUCGGACGGUCAAAUUUUCGAUAGCUAUCAAAGUGGACUGGCAGCUUUAAAAGACACAAUGAAGGAAUUAAAACUCAACUCAGACUUUGUUCAAGAUACUAUGGCUAAUCUGCAAGACACUCUUGAGGAGUGUGAUGAGAUCCAAUCCGACAUGUCUAAUUUGAAAGUAGACGAUACUGAUAUUGGAGAACUUGAAAACGAGUUAGAAGAUUUAUUAAAAGAAACAAAACCAGAAAAACCAGAAGUUAAAGAGAUUGCAGCUGAUAAAAAACCUAUGAUAUAUCCUAAACUUGAAGACAAUUUGGAUGAUGAUGCUUUGAAUGAUAUGCUUUCAAAGUUGCCAAAGAUACCUGAAAAAUUGUCACCAAAAAAACAAGAAAUUGAACAAAAGAUAUCGAAUUAAAAGUUAAUUUGGGAAUUUUAAACAAGUGCCUUUAUUUUGCUCAAACUGUGAUUAUAUAAGAAAAUUUUAUACUCUUAGGAAUUACUUUUGUGUAUCUUCAUCUACUAUCCAAUGAAUAUGACUGUCUCUGGUUUAGACGGUAAAUCUGGUGGAUCAAUGAAGUGUUUUGGUGAUAUAUACAUAUCUAUUGGAUAUUCUAAUGGAAAUUGUGCUCGCAGACCUACUUCUUCUGCAAAUAAUUGUUUUUUUUAAUCAUUAUUGAUAUUUAAUCUUAAUUAUAUGG